AUGGGAGUAGAGUUGGAUGAUGAUUUGAGCAAUAUUAAAUCCAGAGUAUAUACAUUUCGGGCGAACGGAGCAAUAUAUCACAUAAUUGAUCAGUUAGUACCGAGGGAUGGAUUACCUAGGUACUUACAGUUAUAUUUCUAUGAUUCCGAAACCGACUUUACACAUAGACUUCAAUGGCCAAAUAUUGAUCGAAAGAUCAUUCAAGUGUUGGUGGGCGUUCUUUUAACAAACCCGUAUGCUACAACAUUUCGAAGCCUUCGUGAGCUAGGACCUGUCGAUAACUAUAGAGUCACUUUGAACGCAUCAGUAGAACUUGACCAAAGGGUAUACAAUCGGCCGACCACAUCUGAGGUUGCUGGUAUUUGGGUAGAAGGUAAUGACAACAUAACAACAUAUAAAAGAAGCAUUGUUGUAUAUGGGAGAUCUGACUAUAGUACACAAAUCCAACCUUACGAAGGUUGUUAUGAUCCUUUGUCUUAUCCAUUGUUCUUUCCUAAUGGUGAGUCUGGUUGGCAUGCAAAAAUAGCAACGGAUGGGGUGUCCAUCAAUGAAGUUAUGGGUAAUGAAGAAAAUAUUGUGGAUGAUUUAGAAGGGGCUAAGUCAAAGAAGGGUAGGAAUACCGUAACAAUGCGUGAGUACUACUGUUACAAAUUCCAGUUUCGUUCAUCUAAAAAAUUAAUUCUAUUGGGAAGAAGAUUGCUACAACAAUUUGUGGUAGAUAUCUACAUAAAGAUCGAGACUUCACGCUUGCUUUUUUGUAAGCUAAACCAAAAGAAGAUAAGAUCUGACCUUUACCAAGGAAUUGUUGACUGUGUCAAUGCCGGUGAAGUUGAACCAAGUAGAGUCGGUCAACGGAUAGUCUUACCUGCAUAUUUCAUAGGUGGACCACGUGACAUGCGACGAAGGUUCCUAGAUGCAAUGACGUUAGUUCAAGAUGACGGAAAGCCUGAUAUAUUCCUUACAGUAACAUGCAAUCCAAACUGGCCAGAAAUUGUUGAUGAUUUGAAACCCGGGCAAAGUGCACAAGAUCGACCAGACCUUGUAUCAAGAGUGUUUCGUGCAAAAUUAGAGGAUCUAAAGGACCAACUUCUAAAGCACCAUAUCUUGGGUGUGGUUCGAGCAUAUGUUUAUGUGGUGGAGUUUCAAAAGCGUUGUUUGCCACAUGCACAUUUCCUCUUGAUAAUGAGACCAGAACACAAGAUGACAAAUGUUGACCAUUAUGACAAAAUGGUGUGUGCUGAAUUUCCCGAUCCGAAAAAGUAUCCCAAAAUGCACGAAAUUGUUGUGAAGCAUAUGAUGCACGGUCCUUGUGGUCAUUUACGAGAAACCAGUCCAUGUAUGCAAGGAGAGCCAAAACAAUGUCGGUGGAGAUAUCCUAGACAAUUUAAUGAAGCGAUGACACAAGGAGAAGACUCAUAUCCAUUAUAUAGGAGGAGAAACAAUGGGAUAGAGGUCAACGUACGAGGAAAUACACUUGAUAACAGAUGGGUGGUACCAUAUAACCCGAAGUUGUUAAUGAUGUUUAAUUGCCACAUGAAUGUCGAGGUUUGCUCGAGCAUAAAAUCUGUGAAAUAUGCUUUUAAAUAUGUUUACAAGGGACAUGACAAACAAGUUGUCCACAUUGAUCAAGAUGGAGCGGAACCCAUCAUCAAUGAGAUCAAAAGAUAUCAAGAUGCACGUUACGUCUCACCCCCUGAGGAAAUAUGGAGGAUUUUUAACUUUGCGCUUUCUCAAAUCCACCCUUUCGUCAUGUCUUUGCAUCUUCAUCUCCCGAACCAACAAUUGGUUAGAUUCUCAGAUAAUGAUUCAAUGAUUGAUAUUGUGGACAGGGAGAAAGAUAAGAGUUUAAUGUUGACCGUAUUUUUUGACAUGAAUAAAAUGGAUGAGAUUGCGAGGCAAUAUCUAUAUAAAGAAUUCCCAAGAUACUUUACAUGGAAUGCAACCAAACGUUGUUGGAACCAAAGGAAAAAAGAGCAAUGA